AAAUCUUCCUUGAAUUUAGACGACAGGUAAAUAGUUUUACUACCCGAUUCAGAACCCCUAAAAAGAUUUCCUUUUUUUCUUCUUUCUUUUUCUCUCAAUCUUUCUUCAGUAGAUGAUGGGUACCAACGGUAACAAUAACAACAAUCAUUCCAAGAACAAGAAGAAGAAGAACAACAAGCGUGGUGGAACGAAGAAAAGGAUGACAGUGGAACAAUCUCUUGCUUACAAAUCCGUAAGUGAAUGGGUUUAUUUGGAUACUAUACCUUCGUCGGCGAAUUCCGCAAUCGCCAUCGACGAUGAUUUCAAGGUCAAGUUGGUUCACACCAAGGUUUCUGCUGAAAAAUUGGUGUUUGAAUUGCAUUCGCAUUCGAUUUGUAGCGAUGGAUUCUUGUCCCCUUCGAAACUUGUCGAAAGAGCUCAUCAAUAUGGGGUAAAAGUCCUUUCUCUUACGGAUCAUGAUACAAUGGCCGGAAUCCCUCAAGCCCUAGAAGCAGCCCGACGGGUCGGAAUCAAAAUCAUCCCUGGAGUCGAAAUCAGUACCAUUUUCACCCCAAGAACCGAAUCCGGAUCAGAAGAACCCGUUCAUGUCCUGGCGUAUUACAGCUGCUGCGGACCUGCAAAUUUCCAAAAAGUAGAUGAAUUUCUAGGUAACAUAAGAGAAGGGCGUUACCUUCGUGCAAAGAACAUGAUCUCAAAAUUGAACAAACUCAAGUUACCUCUCCGAUGGGAGAAUGUUGAAAAGAUCGCCGGUGAUGGUGUUGCUCCGGGAAGACUGCAUGUAGCUCGAGCUAUGGUCGAAGCCGGACAUGUUGAAAAUUUGAAACAAGCUUUUAGUCGUUAUCUUUAUGAUGGAGGUCCUGCUUAUUCCACUGGGAGUGAGCCGGAUGCUGAGGUGGCGGUGAAGUUGAUAUGUGAGACGGGUGGGGUGGCGGUUUUGGCUCAUCCAUGGGCGUUGAAGAACCCGGUUGCUAUUAUUAGAAGGUUGAAAGAAGCUGGAUUACAUGGUUUAGAGGUUUAUAGAAGUGAUGGGAAAUUAGCAGCUUUUAAUGAUUUAGCGGAAACAUACAAUCUUCUAAAGCUCGGUGGUUCAGACUACCAUGCAAGGGGUGGCAACAGUGAGUCGGCUCUAGGAAGCGUGAGCCUACCGGUGGUGGCGGUUCAUGAAUUUCUAAAAGUGGCUCGACCGAUUUGGUGUGGUGCGAUCAAGAACACGGUUGACCGAUAUGUCAAUGAUCCAACCGAAUCGAACCUACAACAUAUCUUGAGAUAUGCCAAGAUCAAAUUAGCCAAAAAUGGUGUUACUCUUUUGAAUCAUAAUGUUGAACUCAUUCACGAGUGUCUUUCUCAAUGGUUAACUGAUGAAGAACAAAAGAGUGCUAAUUUUGAAGUGAUUAGAGAUGUUUUAGAGAAUCAAGGGGGAGGAUGUGAUUGUGAAGCUAUUAUAUAGUUUUAGGUAUUAAGUUUUGUUUAUUGAGUUUUUCGAACAAUUUUUUGCUUUUUUGCAUUCAAAAUUUGUGUUUGUUGUUCGGUGUUUUAUGUUGGCUAUUUGAAAAGAAAGAGCAAGCAUUGCUUGAUUAA